UUAACUGCAAGACGUCUCAGCGGAUCCGGCCAGUGCACCAAAACACACACUCGGAAAAAAAAUACCGCACAUCCAGGGACUGCUGUAAAGACGCGUACUGUAGGAAAGACACACUACAGGCGAUUGUGCAGAAACACACGGGUUACUGGGUGCCAAAGCUGCUGCUUAGCUGGCGCGGGCUGACAACAGUGCAGAUCCACGUCUGUAACAGAGCUGCUGCAUGCAAGCACAGGAGAUUUAUGAAGCUUUCAAGGCCUUUUGAUUGAUAAGCCACUCGAUGGGGAUUUACCGGCGAGCUCCCUGCUGUGUGUCCUGCCCUGCGGCCCGCUGCCUGCCCUCUCUCUUCAACACCUCCUCCACCGAAAUCAUGAAACUAGUAUUAACUGAAUGGCAAAUGAUAUGGAUUUUUACUGUUUUCAAUAGACAGUAGACAUACAUUCACCACUUGCACACACCACACCACACUUAUCCAUUUACACACACACCACACACACACACACACACACACACACACACAUAUAUACACUCACACAUACUCCUAUUGUCACAUACAUACAUACUUACAUAUACUAUCGAUCACACCAAAUGUUGUGACCUCAUGACAAAGCCAUAUCUCCCACGGGUGCAUACCAAAAAAAACCCUUCUGCUAAGAGCUUAACGGCACGUCCUUAAGGAACCUAAACGGAAUGUAUUCUGUGCAGUGAGCAUUCGAUUCGUCUUGACAGCACACUUCGAUUACCAAAAGGAGCUGCUUGGAUUUUAACGCGCACCAUUCAUCCUUUGAAUUAAUUUUGCCACAUCUUGUCUUGGCACAUCAGUAAAGAUUGAGGUGUCCUUCCCUUGCCGGUUGCAUGCCGAUGACGAUGGCGCCCCAGAACGCUGAUGCAGAUGAUAUGCAGGUGCAGGAGGUUGUUGUGGUCCCUUCCAAGACAGCCACUGCAAGCUCAGAUGAAGGUGGAGGAGGGGACAGGGCUGACACGGCGGGUGGAGCCACUGAACGAGACCAGGAGAGUCAGGAGGAGUCUGCCAGCGAGGGAUCUAUAGACAGCAUCCCCUUGCGCCACUGGGUUAUGAACGGAGCCAUCAUGUUUGGACGAGAGUUCUGCUACGCAAUGGAGACAGCCCUGGUGACUCCUGUACUGCUGCAGAUUGGUCUUCCAGAACAGUACUACAGCCUGGUGUGGUUCCUGAGCCCCAUCCUGGGACUCAUGUUUACUCCUUUGAUAGGAUCAGCUAGCGACCGCUGCACUUUGCGCUGGGGUCGCCGCCGGCCCUUUAUCCUAGCACUGUGUGUGGGUGUGCUCCUCGGCGUAGCACUCUUCCUCAAUGGAUCUCUAAUAGGUUUGGCUGUAGGAGACGUGCCCAACAGGCAGCCUAUAGGCAUUGUGCUGACCGUGCUUGGAGUGGUGGUGCUGGACUUCUGCGCUGAUGCAGCUGAGGGGCCCAUCAGAGCAUAUCUACUGGAUGUGGCUGACACAGAGGAGCAGGACAUGGCUCUCAACAUCCACGCUUUCUCAGCAGGACUGGGAGGUGCUGUGGGCUAUGCACUUGGUGGUCUUGACUGGACAAACACCGCCCUUGGUCAGGCUUUUAAGUCCCAGGAACAAAUCCUGUUUGUGUUUGCUGCAGCAAUAUUCAUCGUCUCAGUGACCCUGCACCUCUUUAGCAUUGAGGAGGAACAGUAUAUCCCACAGCAGGAACGGCUGGAUGAAGAGGCUGAUGGGAGAGCCUCAGUCAAAAUGAAUGGCCUGACUGGUCUUCCAACAUCGCAGCAGCAGCUGGAUCUAAUUCCUGAGGAUGAGCACUAUGAGCGUGAAGCCCACUCAGUUGAGCCAGAGCUGGACUUCCUGGAUGUGGAGCUGGUGCGCAGUAAGAGUGAUUCAGUGCUAGCCAUGGCGGAUGGCACACUGGAACAUGAGGCACUCUUCUUACGCCACAUAGAGCCUUCUAUUUUUCACGAGCGCUUAUCAUCGUACCAUAGCAGCCAAGAGUUCCCACAUGGGCGCUUUAGCCUUAGCCUCCUCUCAUCCUUAGUGCAUGAACCAGAGGGUGAAGAGAUGCCUCUUCAUGCAGAAUCCAAAGACCCCAAUACCCAGCCAGCCAGGCACAGUGAUACCACCAGACAUUCCCAGCCACUUCCAACAAGUGUGCACAAACCAUCCAGUGCUGGAGCUUCCAUUCGGCGUCGGCGCCAUACUUUCUAUCGCCAGGCGUCUUGUACUUUCUCCUAUUACGGACGUCUUGGCUCACACCGCUACCGUUACAGGCGCGCCAACGCCGCUGUGCUUAUUAAACCAUCACGCAGCAUGAAUGACAUUUACGAGAUGCAGCAGCGCCAGAGGAGGGGUCAGCGGCACAGGGAUCGGCACCAAAGCGGCAACACGACAUCUAGCGGAGACACUGAAAGUGAGGAGGGUGAAAUGGAGACUACUGUACGCCUUCUAUGGAUGUCCAUGCUAAAAAUGCCCAAAGAGUUACUGUGUCUGUGUCUUUGUCACCUGCUCACCUGGUUCUCCAUCAUCGCUGAAGCUGUGUUCUAUACUGACUUCAUGGGACAGGUCAUCUACGAGGGUGACCCCACGGCUCCUUCAAACUCCACCGAGCUGCAGAACUACCAUAAAGGGGUGCAGAUGGGCUGCUGGGGCCUGGUAAUCUAUGCUGCUACUGCUGCUGUCUGCUCAGCUUUACUCCAAAAGUACCUGGACAACUUUGACCUCAGCAUAAGGGUCAUUUACAUUCUCGGCACCCUGGGCUUCUCUAUCGGCACAGCCGUCAUGGCCAUGUUCCCCAACGUCUAUGUAGCCAUGGUGAUGAUCAGCAGUAUGGGUAUCAUCUCCAUGAGCAUCUCCUAUUGUCCAUAUGCUUUACUGGGCCAGUACCAUGAGAUCAAAAAGUAUAUCCAUCACAGCCCAGGCAAUUCAAAGAGAGGCUUCGGCAUCGACUGUGCAAUCCUGUCAUGCCAAGUGUACAUCUCUCAGAUCAUCGUGGCGUCAGCAUUGGGCGCAGUGGUGGAUGCAGUCGGCAGUGUGCGUGUCAUCCCCAUGGUCGCAUCCUGUGGCUCCUUCCUUGGUUUCCUGUCCGCCUGCUUCCUGGUCAUCUAUCCAGGAGAUGGUGAUGGGGAGAAGAGUGAGCAGAACAAAGCUCUUACCAAUUCCAGCAACGCAGAGAAUGACAACAGCACCGAGAAGCCCAGUGUCCUGAAGCUCACACGCAAAGGCACCACCACCACAACCUGCAACGUGGAGAGCGAAUCAACGCUGUGAUUAAGCCGAGUGAUUUCGGAGCUCACAUUCCCUCCAUCCCAGCACUGUUUAGCUUUCACACGGGAGUGGUGCAGAUUGUGAUUUCUUUGUUUAUGUGCUUUGCAAGGUGGCAUUGGCAUUCUUGAUCCUCAGGGCCACCAGGGAGUGUGGGACACUCAAAAUGAUAAGGGCAUUGUGUUUGGUUCUCUCUCCUUCUUUCUAUAUAAAUUUCUUUAUUUAAGCAUCCAUUUCAUUUAUCAAAGAUCCUUCUGUACUCCCCUCUUAGUGCAAGAAAUAAUCAUUUAAUCUAAUCAAAUCUAAUCUAAUCAAAAUAGAAAUUGUGUAAGAUAAUCACAUCUAGGUUUUGUUUCUGUUGAUAAUAGUUUCCUCAUGUUUGUUGGGUUGGUUUUAUGGCCUCCUGUUCAAAAAGUACAUUUACAUAAAGUAAUAUUUAAUCCUUGUUUAUAAAAUGUUAAAACUGUCAUGCCCUUGCGGCUUCAUGCAAAAUUCACCCCCCCCACAAAAAAAAAAUACAAAUCCUUGUUUUCCUAUUUGGCUCACCUUUCUAUAGUGUUCGUGGAUUUGGUCCUUCUUUAAAGAUAAUUACCUACAUUUAUCAGGGUUUUUUGACCUAUGAGCAGUGCAUAUAAAAAUAGUUUCAGUUUAAAUGCAUAUCAAAAUCCAUUGAUGGAUACGCUUUAUUGCUUAACAAAUAACAUUGUGACAAAUUUCAAUGCUGCAAUUCAGUCUUUUUAUAGCAUGUACCAAAAGGAGUAAAUAAGUGAAAAGAGUGAAAGAUACCCCAGCGUAUCUUUCAGUUCAGUUUUCAGAUGGAACAGGAUCGGGGGCAGCUCAGUGAUCGUGUUGUUUGAGUGCCUGGACGUGGGGUUUGAGGUGAUCGGAUAGGUUCUCGAGGAGCAUUUCAGUGUUAGCAGUCGCUGUCUUCACUUCUUGCCACAACUAGAACUGUGCAGUAAAUUCACUUUUAAAAAAAAGAUAGCUUUUAAUUUAGUUUUCCAGCUUUUUUCUUCUUCUUUAUUUAAUGGAGGGUGCUUGGGACUGUAGUGCUGCACCAUCAGUAGUAGUGAUGUUUACAUUCUCCUUCAGUGCUACUGUACAUGUUGGACGAUCCUUCACUCCUUCCGCACCUUGACGCCGCAUCUAUGGCACCCCGACUCCUCCAUGGCCUCCGGUUCAGUUCCAGUUUACUCUAAAGCCGUGCAAUACACUUGUAAUGUAGACACUGGGGUGGUUUUGAACUUAAUCUUUCCAGCUGGACUUCUGGGUUUGUUCAAUGUCAUGUAACGUGACCUGGUUUAAGAUGUCUAACUUACACAGGGCUGGAUGACCAUAGCAGGCAUGACUUUAUGUCGGAAUGAUAUUGGGAUUCUCACAAGACACGAUAUUUACUUCCAUGUUGCUGUUUCGCAUGUAAGACACUUUGAAGCAUGUUGACAAUAUUUGUGUUUCCCUUGAAGCAGAUUUGUACUUAAAUCUAUCUUUAUACAGUAUUAAAACUUAGUCAUGAAAAAUGAUAAACCAAACUUGAAGGAAAGAAAAUACUAUAUACUAUAUACACACAAGGCUUAUUUUCAGACAAAUCAGACAUUGUUGCAAUAAUAAUGUUACUUGCCUCAGAACGUUUGAGUGCAGAAUUUUCUACCUAGUGCAUGAGGAUGUUGCAUCCUAUAUACUAAAAAUGCAAUACGUUUUAUGAAGGCCAUAUAGCCUCUAUAGUAAUGUGCAACAUGUAAAUAACCUGGUAUGAUGCAUUUAUAAAGCAUUUUUAUUAACACUGAUUUGUUAAAAUAAGGCGGUCCAAGUAUUAUUUGUGUACAAAGAUACUUUCUGUAUCUGUAUCAAUUUAGCUAUAAAAACACUCUAAAUAACUUAAUUUAAUUCAAAACAUAAAAUAGACAUGGCCUAAACUAUUUCUUAUACUGAAUAGUAUAUGAACCAGAAAAGAAAAAAAGAUCUUCAUCUACAUUAUUUAAGUUUGUCUCAACUAGACAUAGUAGUAUGUGUGAGGGAUUUAUAUCUUUAAUUUGUAAGUUUAUUAAGUUGUACGUCACAAAAUAUUAAACUACUAAACUGAUUUAAACUACCACAACCGCACCCAGGCCAAGUAAAGUUAAUUUAUUUGUCCCAAAAGCUUUAUUCCUUUAUUUGUGUGUUUUUACUAUCUCUAUCUCUCUAUUUCAAAUGCAGUACUGUAUUUGUUUUUAAUAUCUCCAAUAAUAAUGGGAAUGUUUGUUUAAAAUGGAGAUAAUUUUAUCGAAAAAAUCUGAAUUACUCUAACACAAACUAAAAUACAGUACAUGUUCAAGAAAACAAACAUUGAAAAAAGUACAUAAUAUACAAGCUGAGUUUCUCAACUACACUACAUUUAAUGCACUGUAUUAACAAUAAUGUAAAAAAAAAUCAAAACUUUUUUUAUUAUUAAAUUAAUAAGUGCAGUCUAAUGCCUUGAAAAUUUACCAUAACAUAGAUAUGAUAGAUACACAUAUGGAUAUAAAUAUGGCCUUCAUAGAAAGUGUUACUGAUAUGUACUCAUUAUGUAAAAAUAUUAGAGACUUGUCUUUCAUCAGUGGACAGGUCUCAAUUUAUUUUAAAUACUUGAAGUGUGCUGUGCUCAUUUUUUUUCAUGAUCCAGUAAGGUGUUUGGGAAAGACCUAGAUGAAGGAAUGCUGGGUUGGACUUGAUUUGGUUGGCUUUGCUUCAUCAGGAGGCAUGUUUAAGUUGUGUGAAUGUAACUAUUGUCAGUUUAUUGUUUAAUGAUGAGCAAAAGAUCUGAUAUUGCAAAGAACUUGCACACGGGCUGUCGUCCCUGACUGGGAUUAUGCAAAGUCUUGGACUACUAAGGAUUUUGGGUGGGGUUAGAUUUUUAAAAGUGCAAGUUGGUUCAAGACGAUGCUUAGUCUUUGUCUAAAACGAUGUCCACACAGAGUUUUAAGAAUAACCUUGCAAAAGAAAAAACUGUGGAUAUUUAUUUUUAAGCUCUUUCACGUUAUACAAAAUACGUAGCUUUAUUUAAAGAUGAAAGUCUAAUUACAGAGAGAUAUAUUAUUUACUGUCCUUAAUGCAAACUGAAGUAUGUGAUGGAAAAGAUCAGAGUUAUGAGCAUAUGUUGUGUGUGUGAGUGAGAACUUAAGCUGUCUACAUUUCCUAGUUUACAGAUGUUAAUUUUAAACAAAUGACACUUAAGAUUAUCAUUAUAUUUAGUUCAAAUUAUGUGAUUACGAAAUCAUCUUGUUUAAUUGCCUCAUUAUGAUUGUGUAUUCGUUCUGUGUUCAUUUAAAAAAGUAAGUGGCUGUUUAAUCUUAUUAUGACAGACAAAAUGUAUGGAGGAGAGUAGAAUAUCUGCAGUGUACUAUAUGCCUUGUUUAUUUUGAAAGUUGUAUAUAUUCCUUUGAAAUAGUUUCUUUUGCUGCUAUAAAAAAAAGGCUGAUUAUUUUUAUUAGUUUCAUUUUCUAAGAACUGUACAUAACAUCUGUAAAUAUGCACAAGCCUUGAAAUGUAGAAUUAUUCAGGAACACUGUAUUGAAUGCACCUUUAAAGAAUCACUAAAAGAAUCAUCAAUGA